AUGAAGAGCGUCCAAGUUUUUGGUCGUAAGAAGACCGCUACAGCCGUAGCCUACUGCUGCGAAGGCUCUGGCCUUAUCAAACUCAAUGGCACACCAAUCAAUAUGGUCUCUUCUGAAACACUCCGUGCCAAGAUCCUCGAACCACUCCAACUCAUUGGUGAAGAGUCUUGGGGCAACCUCGACAUCCGCGUUCGCGUCCACGGUGGUGGCCACGUCGCUCAGGUCUACGCUAUCCGCCAGGCUGUCGCUAAGGCCAUCGUUGCUUACUAUCAGAAGUAUGUUGAUGAGGCAACAAAGACAGAAAUCAAGAACACACUCCUCGGCUACGAUCGUACACUCCUUGUCGCAGAUCCACGUCGUAUGGAACCAAAGAAGUUCGGUGGUCAGGGUGCCCGUGUCCGCAGACAGAUGUCAUACCGUUAA